AUGACCAGCCAUGGUGUUUCCAAACAUGGCCGUUACGAACGUUUACUGAGGAAGCAUCGUUUAGAUACACGGGCAAAUGGCGGCCAGGAACCAACGGUAGUUGGUGAUCAACCUGCCACCCCGGGACAAACAGCACGGCCCAAGAACCUACAUGAGGGCUGGGCAGCACUCCGUGAGAAGCGACAACAGGGCGAUAGUCCGUCAAACAUACCAGUGUUACCCAAUCCGCAAACUAUGGACACCGCCGACUCUGACCCGGUACCCACUACGGCUACGGAGAAAGCACCUGCUGCUGAGCCGACGAGCAUUUCCGAUUCAAAUCAGGAGGCAGCACAGGCCCCCACGACGACAGAUUCUGGCGACGCACUAACCACGGUGACCGCGGUGACGAAGGUAACCACAAUCGUUCCGUAUCCCACUGAAGAUGCAACCGCAGACUCGGUCACAGAAGAAGCGGCUACGGGCACAGCCACAGAUGAAGACGUCACAGAGCCUGCCUUUGAACCGACGUCGACGUUGACGAACCUUCAAAUGGCGGCUGCUGCCGAAACCGCGUCGAACACGGACACUCCCGCCGAACAGACUUCUGCAGAGGCGUCGACAGAGGCCGCCACAGAGCCUGGGAAUGAGUCUGGUAAAGAGCCGGCGGAACAGCCCGCGACGGCUCCAUCACCAACCGAGUCGGCUUCUGCAGCAACACCAACAGCUGCAACAACGGAGGACCCAACGGAAUCCGCGAUUGACGGUUCAUCAGUGGCAGAAUCGCUGUCAGAGGCCGCGACUGAGGCUAUUGGGAUACUUACCUCGCUUUCAUCGGAUAUUGCAAGUAUAACCGCCUCGACGAACGACAUACCACCUACUUCCGACCCUAACUCUACCCCGACAGCCUCUGCAACUGUCACUGCAUCUGAUUCUAUUAUUAGCCGACCUUCCGAUUCCACAAACAAUACCCCCGAUUUCAUAGGCUCGAGCUUGCAUCUUGCGACUGCUAUGGCCUCACCCCAGUCGCCUUCUGAAACUAGCACCCAAUCUAUUUUGGGCAUUGCCUCAAGCUCCAACUCCAGUUCUAGUUCUGAUACAAACACCGACUCCACCGACUCCACCACUGCCUCUACGCCAACCUCAUCCGUAACUUGUCCUACGACUACAACCGCUUCUAAUACGUUUGAUACGUCAGAUACCUCAUACUCCGAUUCACCUUCUUACACUAGCUCCGGUUGGGGCUCUGGAAAUAGUAAUAGCGGCGGCGGUGACAGAAACUCAGACAACACAGGAGCCUCACCCGGUUCUAAUAGUUCGUCUGACUCAGGGUCCGGCUCAAUAAGCCCCCAAACCACGGGUAGAAUCGUCGGAGGGGUCGUUGGCGGUGUAGCAGGCGCUUCUAUCAUAUUCGUGCUAAUCUGGUUCCUGCUCCGACGACGCAGAAAGACCGGCUUCUUCUUCGGCUCACCCGCCAACAGGUCAAUCGCAGAUGACGGAGGUGGAGGGGGUCUUAUCGGACCGGUAGCCUCCCCUAGGAGAGAAAUGGUUUCGCGUGACUCAAAUAAAGACAGCAUGUUCGGAGCCACGUACUUUGCUCCAGCAUUCAUGAAACGCUGGCGACAGUCGCAAAUGUCCACCGGCGAAGAAAGCCUCGCGAGUACAGCCCCAUCAAGCGAGCGCGGCUUCCAGAAGGUCUCCGGCCGCAAACUCCCAACCGGCAUGCACCCGGACGAUUUCGACUAUAGCAGUAGCUAUGGCGGCGGAAGCUUCCUGGAAGCAGGAUCACCCACGGACCCAACACCUGACCUCAGCCCAACCCUUCCACCAGUUAUCCCGCGAUCUGGGUUCCCAUCACACCAGCCACCACCGCCAUCAAAUCCGUUCAGCGCGCCACUUGAUUCGAGGUACACCCGCGAAGCGCCAGAAGAGGACGUUGUCGUGAUGCGACCCUCGCCCGCGCGGAUACCAACAUCAGGUUCAGCAAAUGCGACGACGUGGACAGAAGGCACCGCGCGGACGUCCGGGAUGCCCAUGGCGUUCCCCAUGCCGCCGUCUGGCUCUGGCCCGAUCGCGAUACCGAAACGGCCGGACGCGCUGGGGCGAAGUCACCCGAGUUACGAUGGGAGUCGGGGCAGUCGGUUUACGGAGAGUUUAUGA